AUGGGGCCAUUCGUGAGCUCAUUUGGUAACAUGUAUAUCUUGGUGGCUAUGGAUUAUGUUUCCAAAUGGGUAGAAGCGGUGGCACGACCUAACAAUGAAGGGAAGAGCAUUGUUCAAUUUCUAAAACACUACAUCUUUGCAGGAUUUGUCACCCCUCGAGCUAUUAUUAGUGAUAAAGGGUCGCAUUUUUGCAAUCGCUUGUUUGCAACUGCAUUGAGUAAAUAUGGCGUGAAACACAAAGUGGCUACACCAUAUCAUCCUCAAACAAGUGGCCCAGUGGAAGUUUUGAACCGCACGAUUAAGAGUAUACUGUCAAAGAUUGUAAAUGCAAACAGAAUUGAUUGCUCUCGAAAGUUAGAUGAUGCUCUUUGGGCAUAUCACACUGCUUACAAGACACUAAUUGGCAUGUCCCCAUAUCAGUUGGUUUUUAAGAAGCCUUGUCACCUACCAAUUGAACUUGAAUACAAAGCACUUUGGGCAUUAGAUAUGGAUUGGGCCAAUGCUUCGAAAGAGAGAGUCUAUCAACUAAAUAAAUUUGGUGAAUUAAGGUUUAGGGCAUACGAAAGUUUCGCCCUCUACAAUGAAAAAAUGAAGAAGUCGCAUGAUUCUAAAAUCCUUAGGAGAGAGUUCCAAGUUAGAGAUUGGGUGUUGUUGUAUAAUUCUCGACUGAGACUCUUUAUGGGAAUACUCAAAUCAAAAUGGUCAGGACCAUAUAGAGUAACACAUGUGUUCACUAAUGGAGCCAUUGAAGUCGAAGGCACAGAGGGCCUUCCUUUAAAGUGA